GGCUGCGAAAGUAGCUCAUUGCAGCCGGCGUAGGCGGAACGGAGCGACCAUGAAGUAUUUUUCCGUCAUCGCCAUCACUUUGGCGCUUGUCGUCCAGUGCAGCUUGGCCGAACAAGAACCCGAUCCCGUGGAAAACGUCGACCAGCUCCGCGUGGUCUACCCGAACCAUUGGCCUGCUCAGUCAUGGCCGCAACCUUGGCCACAGCCUUGGCCACAACCAUGGCCACAGCCUUGGCCACAACCUUGGCCACAACCUUGGCCACAACCUUCGCCACGACCUUGGCCACAACCGGAGCCUCGACCUUGGCCACGACCUGAGCCUCUACCUGAGCCUGGGCCCAGCCCUUUGCCUGAGGAUUCCACGCCGACAGCACCCGAGCCCGCGGAAAACGUCGACCAGCUUCGCGUGGUCUACCCGAAACCUUUCCCUCCUCGGCCAUCGCCUCAACCUUGGCCACAACCUUGGCCACAACCUUGGCCACGACCUGAGCCUCGACCUUGGCCACGGCCCAAGCCUUUGCCUGGGGAUUUCACGCUGAAAGACUUGCUGGAGGUGGACAUUUCUGCCGAGGAAGAGUCAAAGACAAGGAAGCGCCGAGCUAUCCUUCCCAGGCCUAAGCCUUGGCCGCGCCCCUGGCCCAAGCCCUUCCCUCGUCCCGGGCCCGAGCCCUGGCCAAGGCCUUUCCCCAGACCUUGGGCCUAAUCAGCACGAAUCCCCAGCACUCCCGCAAAGUCAAUUAAAAGCUUAGAGAAACGUUAAAUGCGCUUCGUCUCCUGAA